UCUUACUGACCCACGGAAGAAGACCUAUAUUUUCAUUAGUCGUCGAAAAUGGUUGUUCUGAGCAUCGACAAUAUCCACGCAUCUUUUUGAAGUCACUAAUUAUAUUUUAAAACAAAUUCGAUUACACGUUUAUUUCCGAAUGUGACGCAGUAGAAGAAGAAAACGGUCUGAAAUUCUUAUUAACAAAGCGAAGUCACUAGUGAUAUGGGUGUUUUGUCGAUUUGCCCUGCAAUGAACGGACGGAUACAUCUUUGCGUGAGGUUGUCUUGGCAGAAGAAUGGAUCCGUUUUUCAGUGACCAGAGGAAUUCGGUGCACGAGAGAGACUAUCGUGACAUGGAAGCGAACGCACCCCAUAGCGGUCACAGUAAAUUUUACUCUGAUGUAGUUGAUCCAGAGCUGGUCAGAAAAAGGAAUAUGCUAAGACAGUUAGAGGAACAAAUUUCACACAAGAAAGCUGCUCUUCUUGAAAAGACUAGGAUGGAAUCAACACCAGAUUUGGAAGGUUUAACACUUAAAGAGAAGGUGACUAAAAUGUUGCAGCAGCAACAUCCUUUCAGCUUGUCGCAGGCAGCGUACAAGAUUUACGGGAUGCCUACUGAGAGGGACGACUCUCCAAGCCCUAGGACAGAGCGGCUGGAGGACCAUCCCCUGAAGCGUCGGGUCAAAGCACUAAUGGGGCAAAGGCUGUACGAACCCGGGAAAUUUACAUCAAGCAGCCCGUCUCCUGAAACAGCCACACCAUGUGUCACCACAAUUCCUCUCAGUGGAAACAAUAGUUCAAAGAUCCAGAAAGACAAAGCCAGCAACAAAGGCUUUGAGCACUUUCUUAGCUUGCUCAACAAGGGAGUUGACAUGGACUUGCUCAAUACGGUGGCCAAUGAUGACAUGACAGAGGCUCCUCAUGAAACAGCUGCACUCCCUGUCACCCCACGUCAUCCUCAUUGUCAAAACGAUGGUUCAAAAAUCCAGAAAGAGAAAGCCAGCAACAAAGGCUUUGAACACUUUCUUAGCUUACUCAACAAGGGAGUUGACAUGGAUUUGCUCAAUAUGGUGGCCAAUGAUGAUAACAAAGAGGCUCCUCAUGAAAGAGCGGCUCUCCCUGUAACCCCUCGUCAUCACCAUGGUCAAAGCGAUAGUUCAAAAAUCCAGAAAGAGAAAACCGGCAACAAAGGCUUUGAGCACUUUCUUAAAAUACUCAACAAGGGAAUUGAUAUGGAAUUGCUCAAUACGGUUGCCAAUGAUGAUGGCAAAGAGGCUCCUCAUCAUGAAAUGACUGCACUCCCUGUCACUCCACCUCAUUGUAGUCAAAGCAAUAUUUCAAAACUCCAAAAAGGGAUUGUUGGCAGUAAAGGCGUUGAGCACUUUACUGGGUUUCUCAACAAGGGAGUUGACAAGGACUCGCGCGGUACGGUGGCCAAUGAUGACAGCAAAGAGGCUUCUCAUCAUAAAAUGGCUGCACCCCGUGUCACCCCAGUUCUUCAUCAUCAAAGCCAUAGUUCAAAACUCAAGAAAGAGAAUGUUGGCAACAAAGGUUUUGAGCAUUUUCUCGACUUGCUGAACAAGGGAGUUGACAUGGACCUGCUCAAUACGGUGGUCAAUGAUGACAUCAAAGAGGUUCCUCAUCAAGAAAUUACUGCACCACCUGUCAUACCACCUCAUCAUGGUCAAGAUAAAUGUUCAAAAAUGAAUGAAAAGAAUGUUGGCAACAAAGGCUUUGAGUGCUUUCUUAGCUUGCUCAACAAAGGAGUUGACAUGGACCAGCUCAAUAGGAUUGUUAAUGAUGACAGCAGAGAUCUUCAUUCAGAAGACCAGCCCUUCAGGAGUAGUAAGCAUUCUGGUGUAAGGGGUGAGUCUGAUUUAGCUACUCGUAGCAAGAGCCCACAAUGCAACAUUGAAGCCCAGCUGUCAGCGAAUGUUAAAGCGAGGACAGAGCCCUCUAUUUGCGAGCAGUUCCCCAGAAGGAGCCGCACCCUAACAGGCAAAGACCAGAAUGGCAAAGGCAAACUAGACUACUCUCCGGACUCGAAAUCUAGGUCCGAUUCUCCCCCACUGGUUGAGAAAACCAAAAUUGAAGAAGAAAAUAUGGUGGAUGUCAAUGAGCAGCAUCAACAGCUCAAGAACAUUGUAAACACCUUGGGCUUGGACCUGGAAAUGGAAGACCUAAAUAGACUAACAGACCGGACUCAAGAGAGGCUUUAUGGCAAAAAAAAUGAAAGCAGACCAGCGGCUACCAGCAGAACAGAGCAGGAAAAUGCAGUGAUUACAGAUAGUUCCUGUAAACCUGAUGGGAAAUCUCCUCACUCCUCCCCAUCAUCUUCUAGGAGCUGUAGUCGCAGUCACUCUUGCAGGGAGCCAUCCCACAGUAUAGAGACUCGGGAUCAUUGCAAGAAAGAGUCAUUAUCUAGAGGUAGCUGUUCCAGCAAAACUGAAAGGAAAUCUCCAUCCCCUUCAUUGCCAUCAUCUUCUAGAAGCUCUAAUCGCAGUCGCUCUCACAGGCACCCCUCGCACAGCAAAGAGUCUCAGGAUUUUUACAAGAACCAGUCAUUGUCUAAGGGUGCUGGUUCAAGCAACCCUGACACGAAAUCUCCUUCCUCAUCAUCGUCAUCUUCUAGAAGCUGUAGUAGCAGUCCCUCUUACAGAAAGCCACCACACAAAAACAUAUCUCAGGAUCUUUACAAGGUAGAGUCAUUGUUUAAGGAUGGGGGCUUAAGAAAGAGCCUAGAAAAAUAUUCAUCAUUACUUACAGGAUAUGAUGACAAGCAAGCGCAUUCCCAUAGUCAUCCUCCUAAUUUGCCUUCUUUCUCAGAUGACUGUUUAUCUGAUUACCGUUACUAUUCAUUCCACAACAAUUACAUUAAUUCGUAUUGGCCUACCACCCCGCCUUCCAGUACCACUUUAGCGGAUCUCAUUUAUUCUUCAGACUCUCCCGAUGGUAUUCUCGCAGAAAAACAAAACUGUCGUCAGCUUACAAAUGUGGUUGUGAAGGAUCCAGACCUGUCGACGAGAAAGGGUCGAUCUGGAUCUGCGCCGUCGUCCAAGAGGCAGAAGCGACAGUUGCGACAAAUGACUAAUAAUAUCUCACUGACGAAAGAAGAUGGAAGGAUGGAUGUAGAGCAAUCUGAGGAGGUGCAAACAAAAAAGCUAAAGCAGUUAGAUGAAGCCAAUCAAGAGAAGAAAGGUCUUCUUGAAGAAGUUCCUAUUGGAGCAGAACAAACUAAAGACAUCUUGAAGGUGGGGCUUCAACACAGUCAGCCAAAACAACUGCCAACAGAGGAGGAAAUUAGGAUAAAUUUGAGAAAAAAGCUGGAAGCAUUUAACAAGCUAUCAAAGAAAAAAUCUUUCAACCUGCCAAAUCCCUACCCAGACACAAAGAUUUUUGACGACUGACUGUGAACCCUGACCACCAGUUGGAUGUAAUGGUCAACGUUUGUUAUAGACACAGCAGUUUGUGGUUUCCUAUUUUGUAACAAAUCUUUCAUGAAUGAUUAAAUAUUUUAGAUUUUAUAUUGAAUUCUGUACUUUUUUUCCUCUUCAAGAAAGAUUACAAAUUGUGUGAUCAUAGAUCAGUGGUUCUCCAAACUUUUUAAACCAAUCACCACUUCCAAAAAUAUUGAACUUGUACAAAAAUGACCAACUUUAAACUAGUCAUUCAAUGAUGUUGAUCAUAAAAAAGGCAAAUGUACUUAUUCCCAGAUUGAAUAUUUAAUUUACAUACCACUAGUUGUAUUAGUAGCACAUUUUGAGAACCACGAUGCUUAUUGAUACUCAAUUUUAGAACCAUAGAGGGAAUAGAUCAGAAAACAGUUAAUGACUUCUACUUUAAUGUUGUUGGUGUCGGAGUGAGAACAUACAGUAGCUUCCUUUUACUCCUCCUAACUGACCCGGGCUCAAUUCCGUGGCCAUUUCAUGUUUUUUGACUGGAAAUCAUUUGUCCAUAGAUGAAUAAAUACUAGUUGAAUGCUAGUUGUUGAAAGUUAAAGCAAAUGGAUGUUUAAUACAGUCAACACAAGUGAUUUAGAAAGCAUACAGUUCACUUACAAACACAAUGCAAAACAUUUAAAAAGGUGGUCAAAUUUAAAUGAAUACCACCUAAUGGCCUAUGUUAACACUACCAAAAAGUAUAAUUAACUAAUUCACAGCGCAUUGGUGAAACAUGAGCAAAACAGUACUUUGAAACUUGAAAAAAUAUUUUCAGUCAAAAAAAACUUUUACAACACCUUUUCAAACAUUUGAUAGAACUUCACUUGUAUGACAAAUAGGAAGCGGUUUCUGUUAGAGUUCAUCUUUCUCUUCUCCUUGGCAGAAGCAAGCGGCUCUCUGGCUGUUCAUAUAGGGUCGGCAGCCCAGAGUCCACACUGUGUUGAACAAAGUGUCUGCCACCGUCUCACAUGCUGAUGAAAGAAGUGACAGUCGAGAGAAAAUACAGUCAUUGGAUGCUGGAGAUGGAGGUGAUGCCGCUCCACCAGUCUCCUCAGUUUCUUGAGUAACAGCACUGCAGAGGAACAGGAGCAGUAAGGGAGCAACAAGGGCCCAACGGGUCAUCGUGACACUCUGGACUGUUCAGCACACAUGUACUAAGAGCUCACUUGGUGAGAGGAAACACUGCAUGACCUGGACUUUGAGACUUCAGGACAGCCUCACAUGUGGAGGAACAAAGUCCAGGUUUUGUCUCGCAGAGCUCACAAUUGUUUCUGUGUGGUUAAAGGCACUUAUGUUGAAAUCAUUUUGAUUUCGUUAGCUUUAAUCCCGUUUAUUCAGAAAUUUUGUUGCAUUUCUGAGGCAUUUUCUAAAUACUGGUGGAGUGGUGCUAAAGACAUGCACAAGAUGCUGUAUUAAGCCUUACAUAUACUAAAUAGGAUUAUUAUUAUUUAUCAAUUUAUUUAUUUAUUACACUUAAAGGGCACUCAUUUAACUCAUUGGCUGCCACUGACGGCGCUAGAUGUCCAGUCCAUUUUGACUCCCAGUCAAAGCGGAUUGGAUGUUUAGUGACAUGAGCAUUCACAGUCAGUCUUCACAGUUUAAAUGAAUUGGGCGUCUGUCGCCAUCAAUGGCAUGCAAUGAGUUUAAUACUAUGGAAGGUGGGAAAAAACGGUAUAUUUCUGUUUUUUAUUUUAAUUCCAUUGGUUUGUAUUGACAUUUUAUUAAUUUAUAUUUAUAAUUAUACAAAAAAUAAUAUAAAAAUAGAAUAAAUAUUCACUCAUCUUCUGGACCGCCUAUCCUCAUGAGGCAUACGUGGAUAUUGAGGGGCAAAGCUUGGACAGUGCCAACCGCCCCCCCAGUGGCCGAAAAAUGUCAUUGCAUGUAAUCAACCUUCCUGUAAAUGAAGACCUUUCUUUUUUUGUUGAGAAAGAAAAGUUACCUUUUUCACUUUUUUUGUGGCGGGAAUGGCCUUCCAUAGUAAAGCAAUAAAACAAACAACAAAAAUGAAGGAAAUGAACAAAAAUUUCAUAAUGGGUCAAAUUAUUUU